AAGAAGCAGAAGAAGACGAAGAAGAAGAAGAAGAAGAAAAGCAGUUCCUCUCCUGGACAGCAGGUGGCGGCUACUUCUGUUCCGUGACAUUCAUUCAUACACAUGCUAAAGAUGUUCCGACAAUUUCUGGUAUGCAGACGGCAGAUCUCCACUACCGUCCUCAGACAACUGGAGAAUAAAGUACCACAGAAUCAGAAAAUCUUUCAGGAAGCGAAUGGAAUGCCAGUUCAUCUAAAGGGAGGAGUCGGUGACACUGUUCUAUACCGGGCAACUAUGGGGUUCACAGUGCUGGGAGUUGCAUGUGUCAUAUAUGAACUAUUGAAGGCAGCUGUCCCAAAGAAGAACUGAGGACGUAUUUCUGUUAAAAUGUGAAGAUUUUCUCAGAAUAUAUUUGUAUUCUUUUAUUUGGAAGGUAAAUGGGACCAAAAAGAUUUGAGGAAAAUAAACUGUGCCUCUCAUAAAC